UCACUUCUCCCUUUGAACUGAGGUUACUGAAGCCUUAGACGAAUAUCCAUACGAAAUUUUCUUCUUCUUCAUCCAAGCAACAAUAUAUUGUUAUUUUUAAUACCCAAAAGGAAUAUCUUGGCCGAAGUGGGUUAAUGCUCAUGACGUGACGUGAAUAACCAUGGCCCGAUUCGGAUCCUCAAUAGCCGGGCGGGUCUGUGGUGUUGCAGCAGAACCUCCAUAGGGACUGACAUCGCGAUAUUUUUCACCGGGCUCCUUGCCUCUCUUACUGCGUAUAUCAUCUAAAUUCCGAAUCCAGCCAUCGGCAUCCGCAGAAAGGGUAGACCGCUUAAUGAGAUAAAACUUAUGCGAAUAGCAAAUCCCCCUAUGAUAUUUAUGGUCUUUCUGUAGCUGGCGAACGUGAUACCGUUGGAUCUCUCGCUUCUGAAUCUGAUACCAACUGGGCAAUAUACUACUAGCAUAUAUGGAGAUAUAUACAGAACCGCACCAGACAAUCAGCCUCCGACACACAAUAUCUCGACGACAUACGCACCGUCUCCCUCGCAUCAAUUUGAUGAGAUGGCUGACGAUCAACGACCUGACGCAAGGCUCGCGUCUGACGAACAGGCACCUCUUCUUCAUAACGACGAAAGAAGACCAGAUGGCAACACUUCGGGACAUGAUGUAUCCCGUCGAGUCGCAUCCAAACUUUACGUAUCUCAUUUCCUAUCCACAUGGAAUUCCCGCGUGUUUGAAUUCGGCGCCGUGAUCUACUUGGCCUCAAUCUACCCAGGAACGCUACUCCCCAUGUCCAUUUAUGCUUUGGCACGAGGUCUAUCAGCCAUCCUAUUCGCUACUGCAGUUGGCCACUAUAUCGAUACGGGAAAUCGUCUUCAGGUUGUUCGGCUGUCCAUUGUCUGCCAGAGGUUGGUGGUAGCGACGUCGUGCGUUGUGUUUUACAUCAUGGCCGUUCGUGGAGAGCUUGAUGGUGAGACUAAAGCGGGCAUGUUAGUGCUUCUAUCUUUCUUAGCAUGUGUCGAGAAGCUUUGCUCUAUCAUGAAUUCUGUGUCCGUGGAGAAAGACUGGGUUGUCGUCGUCGCCGGGAAAGAUCAUGGCUCUCUUAGCUCCCUAAAUGCACAGAUGCGGCGCAUCGAUCUACUUUGCAAGCUCCUAGGCCCUUUAUCUAUCUCUCUUAUUGAUGGCUUUUCGACUAAGGUGGCUAUUAUCGUCAAUUUCGUGAUGAAUAUCGCUUCUGUCACGAUAGAAUAUCAUGCCAUUGCUCGUGUCUACUAUGAAGUACCAGCCCUACAAGAGCCGAAACAGCGACAACAAGACCAUGCCUCUACUGUUUCUACGACGUCUGGUGGAGCCCGUUCAAGUACGCGGAUGAGAAUUCUAGCAAUUAUGAAACAAUCCAAAGCGGACUUCGGAUUAUACUUCCGUCAUCAAGCAUUUUUACCUUCGUUCGCUUGCGCCCUACUCUACCUCACUGUCUUGAGCUUUUCUGGUCAAAUGGUAACCUACUUACUUACGACUGGAUAUAGUAGCUCGCAGGUUGGUGUUGCGCGGACGGCCAGCGUCGCGUUCGAAGUGCUCGCUACCUGGGUAGCACCAUGGCUGAUCAGCCAUAUCGGCCCAGUGAGGUCCGGCUUGUGGCAUAGUACUAUGCAAGUCAGCAUGCUCAUAGCUGGUUUAGUCGUGUUCUGGGCGUUUGACGCAAAUAACCCUAUCAUCUCUGCUAGUGGGCUUGUAGGGGGAACAAUCCUCAGUCGUCUUGGUCUUCGAGGGUUUGAUCUUUGCACGCAAAUUAUUGUGCAAGAGGAAGUUGAGGCCGAAAACCGUGGCGCGUUCUCAUCCGUAGAGACAGCCUGGCAGAGUGUUUUCGAACUCAUGGCUUACGGCUCCACAAUUAUAUUUUCCCAACCGUCCCAGUUCAAGUGGCCUUCCCUAAUAUCAGUAGUAGCCGUCGCCACUGCAGGUUCAUUUUACACGGUCUACGUGUACAUAAAGAGAGGUCAUCUGAUACAUUUCGAGAAAAUCGCAGGAUUGUGCAUGAGCAGACAAGAUAGAAAUAGGAACAUCGAAAGAGGUCUCGAGCGCAUUCUUUCUGAUGGAGAGAUCUGAAUAUUAGGGUGAAGAAAACACAGUUGGGUAAACGAUUUGGACUGAGGUUCAGGAGCAAUUAAGCCUGCAAGAACAUGGAUUAGGUAAGUACGUACUCAAUCAGGGGUAGUUUUUCCACUUGGCUUAUCACGUACACAGCUCACUUCAAGUCGUAAUUGG